AGGUCCUAUUCAGGAAUAGGAACUAGCUGCUGCGUUUAUUUUUUAUAAGGUCACAGAGGCAAUUUCGUGUAAAGAUGUCGACUGCUAUGAAUUUCGGGAGCAAAACAUUUAAACCUCGACCUCCAGAUAAAGGCUCAUUUCCUCUGGAUCACUUUGGUGAAUGUAAAUCAUUCAAAGAGAAGUUUAUGAGUUGCUUAAGAGAGAACCAUUUUCAAAGCAGUUUAUGUAGGGAAGAGUCAAAAGAAUACUUAGAGUGCAGAAUGGACCGGCAGUUAAUGGCCAAGGAACCACUGGAAAAACUGGGUUUCAAAGAUCUUAUUGAUGAUGAGAAAACUAAAGAAAAAAAUAAAUUAUAAAUUCAGUAGUGGGCCAGUUUGGACUCUAAAUGGGCACAUUGAAGGUGUAAAUAUUCUGCCGUCGGGCACGGGACUGUUAUUUAUUACAGCACAGCAGCAUUGUAUUUGUCACGAAACAAAAACUUUCAUCAGAAGACUUUAGUUAAUAUCCUGCCAUAAUUAUAAACCACUGAUACAUUAA